AUGUUGCUUAGGCCCCUGCCGUCGGCUGCGCAGCCGUUUCCAUCACUGCCGCAGGGAGCGUUAGGGAACCGAGGCACCUGGCCUUCCCCAAGCGGCCGGGGACAACGGCAGUAUGGAUUAGCACGGUCGAAUUGCGUUGUUGCGGACAAAGGUAGCCGAGUCCUUGUAGCCAGUACUGAACCGGUCGUGCAGGCUCCUCUAGCAGAUGGCGAGCUGGUGCUCUCAGACCCAGACGAUGUGGUACCAGAAUCGGGCAUUUUGUGCGAUGAAGCGUUGCGCAACCUGGACGAGUACCGCCGCGUCGAGGCAUACAGUGCCACCGUAUCCAGCAGCAGCAUACACAAUUCCAAUGGCUUUGCAUACUCGCCGGCACAGCGUAACCAGAUACGGGAGUCAUGGGAUGCGCUCAUGCGCUGGUCAAAGGUCUUUCGUACGCGCAAGCUUGCCGGAAGCCCUUUGGAGGCAGCAAAGAAGAUCGUCGUUUUUGGCGGAGGGUCCUUUGGGACGGCCAUGGGCUGCGCACUAGCCCGCCAAAAGUCCGACCUGGACGUUGUGCUGCUGGUGCGGGACCCCUACCUCUGUAAGGACAUCAACACGCUCCACGAAAACACACGCUACCUCAAGGGCUUUCAAAUGCCGCACAACGUCCGAGCCACAACGCUCGCCGCGGAGGCCAUUGCCGGAGCGCAGUACGCCGUACAUGCCGUACCCGUACAAUCGUCCCGUGCCUUCUUGCAGGGCAUCAAGGAUUACCUUCCCCCUUCGGUUCCCAUCAUCUGCGUCAGCAAGGGUUUGGAGGUGGGCAGCGGCCAAAUGAUGUCGGAGCUCAUUCCGAGCGCCCUGGAGCGGAAGCAGCCGGCGGUGUUCCUGUCGGGGCCCUCGUUUGCACGGGAGGUGAUGCAGAACCGGCCCACGGGGGUGGUGGCCGCGUGCAAGGACGGCAAGCUUGCCAAGACUGUUCAGGAUCUGUUUGCGAGCCCCACCAUGCGGGUUAACAUGACGACGGACGUGGUGGGAGUGGAGAUCUGCGGAGCGCUGAAGAACGUGCUGGCGAUUGCUGCGGGGAUUGUGGAGGGAAUGGACUUGGGCCACAAUGCACUGGCGGCGCUGGUGGCGCAGGGCUGCUCGGAAAUCAGGUGGUUGUCGGAGAAGAUGGGCGCCAAGCCCACCACCAUGUCGGGGUUAUCGGGGCUGGGUGACAUCAUGCUCACCUGCUACGGCGACCUGUCCAGAAACCGGUCUGUCGGCAUACGGCUGGGGAGGGGGGAGCGACUGGAGGACAUCAUAGCGUCUAGCUCACAGGUGGCGGAGGGUGUCGCCACUGCCGGUGUGGUGGUGGGUCUGGCCCGCAAGUACCGGGUAUCCCUACCAGUGCUAACCGCGGUGGCCCAGGUCCUGGACAACAACCUCACAGCGAGGGAGGCCGUCUUCCACAUCAUGAACCUGCCGCAAAUAGAGGAGGCCUGA